AUGUCUCGACAAUCAAGUGUCUCGUUCCAGAGUGGGGGCCGCCGUGGCUUCAGUGCCUCUUCAGCGGUCACCCCUUCUGUCAGCCGAACCAGCUUCAGCUCUGUCUCUGUAUCCCGGGCAGGAGGUGGUGGUGGUGGCGGCGGCUAUGGCCGCAUCAGUAUUGGUGGUGCUGGAGGGGGAGCCGGCUUUGGCAGCAGGAGCCUUUACAACCUUGGAAUGUCCAAGAGGAUCUCCAUUGGAGGCAGUGGUGGCUUCAGGAGUGGCUACGGAGGGAGAGUAGGAGGUGGAUAUGGCUUUGGUGGAGGAGCUGGUAGCGGCUUUGGUGGAGGAGCAGGUAGCGGAUUUGGUUUCGGCGGUGGGGCUGGUGGUGGCUUUGGGCUCGGUGGUGGAGCUGGCUUCGGUGGAGGUUAUGGGGGACCUGGGUUCCCUGUAUGCCCCCCUGGUGGCAUCCAAGAGGUCACUGUCAACCAGAGUCUCCUGACUCCCCUCAACCUCCAAAUUGACCCCACCAUCCAGAGGGUGAAGAGUGAAGAGCGAGAGCAGAUCAAGACCCUCAACAACAAGUUUGCCUCCUUCAUCGACAAGGUGCGAUUCCUUGAGCAGCAGAAUAAGGUGUUAGAUACAAAAUGGACGCUGCUCCAAGAGCAGGGUCAAAAGACCGUGAAACAGAAUUUAGAGCCACUUUUUGAAACCUACAUCAACAAUCUCAGGAGGCAGCUAGAGAGUAUUCUGAAUGAGAGGGGUCACCUGGAUUCUGAGCUGAGGAACAUGCAGGAUACAGUGGAGGAUUUCAAGAACAAGUAUGAAGACGAAAUCAACAAGCGUACUACAGUAGAGAAUGAAUUUGUGAUACUCAAGAAGGAUGUCGAUGGUGCCUACAUGAACAAGGUGGAACUGGAAGCCAAGGUGGACAGCCUCACUGAUGAGAUCAACUUCCUGAGAGCCCUCUAUGAAAUGGAACUCUCUCAGAUGCAGGUUCAUAUCUCUGACACCAAUGUUGUCCUGUCUAUGGACAAUAACCGUAACCUUGACUUGAACAGUAUCAUUGCUGAGGUCAAAGCUCAGUAUGAAGACAUUGCCAACCGCAGCCGAACAGAAGCUGAGUCCUGGUACCAGACUAAGUAUGAGGAGCUGCAGCAGACUGCAGGACGCCAUGGAGAUGACCUCCGCAAUACCAAGCAUGAGAUCUCUGAGAUGAACCGGAUGAUCCAGAGGCUGAGAGCUGAGAUCGACAAUGUCAAGAAGCAGUGUGCCAAUCUGCAGGCUGCCAUCGCUGAUGCUGAGCAGCGUGGGGAGUUGGCCCUCAAGGAUGCCCGGGCCAAGCUGGCUGAGCUGGAGGAUGCCCUGCAGAAGGCCAAACAGGACAUGGCCCGCCAGCUGCGCGAAUACCAGGAGCUGAUGAAUGUCAAGCUGUCCUUGGACAUUGAGAUUGCCACCUACAGGAAGCUGCUAGAGGGAGAGGAGUGCAGGCUGAGUGGAGAGGGAGUUGGACCAGUCAACAUCUCCGUGGUCACAUCCAGCGUGUCCGGCGGCUACGGCGGCAGUGGCGGCGGCUUCGGCAGCGGCAGUGGCUAUGGCCUUGGCGUGGGCGGAGGGCUCGGAGGCGGCAGCGGUUACUCCUACACCAGCAGCAGCGGCAGCGGCGGCGGCCUCGGCGGCCUCAGCACCCUCAGCUCAGGCGUCUCUGGCUUCAGCCCCGGCAAUGCCCGGGGCCUGGGGGUCAGCCUGGGCGGCGGUGGGGGCAGCGGCUCCAGCGUUAAAUUUGUGUCCACCACUUCCUCCACCCGGAAGAGCUUCAAGAGCUAAAUCUCCUCCCAGCAAGUGUCUUCCACUUGAAUAUCAGCUCUCCCUGUCCCUUGGCCACUGCACGACGGAUCCUCAUUAGCUUGGAUGGCAGCCAAGCUGCUCUCUGCUUUCCUCUCUCCACCUCCCCCUCUCCUCCCCUGUUCACUGGUGUUUAGUCUAGACCAGACUAAGGGGGUGAUUUGUAUUCAUGAGCCUUCCAGGUCAUCUCCAGCACUUAGCACCCUCAUCUCUGGUUCUUAGCUCCCAGCCUGGCCAGAGGCCAUCAGAAAAUGCUUUCCAAUGAAGUUUGGAGGCCUUAUAAGUAAUCUUUAUCCUCCUUUCCAUGACUCCACUCAUUCCAGCAUUCACUUCUCUCACAUAAGCACUUAGCCCAAAACUAUGACCACGCCCUCUUGACUACAGAUGUCAGAAGCAUGGUGCAUAUUGGUAUGCUGGCUUAGAAAAUCCUUGAAUUGAGGAAGAUAAGGACCAGAAACAGUUGAAGGAAAGCUUUGGUCCAGUCAGAAUCUGGGCUCCUCAACCCUUGGGGAGUAGCAAUCCCCAAGUCUCUUGCUGGGGCACCCUAGGGCAAUCUUGUGAUUUCAGAAAGAGUGGUUCAGCCCAUGCUCUGUCUAGCGGAAAGGUGUCUGGCCUCCUCACUGUGAUUGAGGGUGGGAUUUAGUCAUUUGUCUUGUAAGCAAUUCUGGUUUCUCCUGGGAGACAGCCUUUCAUUCCACAGGAGGUGGCAUUUGGUUGUACUGGAAGCAAAAGUCGCUCGGUGAAUGUCAACAGAACUCCAUUCCCCAUUGUUUGUUCUUGAUUCUGACCACUUUUUGGUGUUUGUUCAAUAAAGUACAUUUAUAAUUUAA